AUGCCUCAGAUUAAACAAUCGAGGGAACUUCAAGCUCGUUAUCCAAAGAACUCCGGUAGUGGACGAGUACUCAACAAUGGUAAUGUCGUUCACGCAAUAUUAGACGCUCGGGGUGAACGUUUAAAGGUGGUGGUCAGGCUAAAUGAUGGUGUUGAGGUAGAUUUUCCGGUGCCAACGUCAAAGGAAAUCCGUGACAGAUUUUUCUACAAAAAAGCCAAAUCUUCCGACAAACCUGCCAGACCACCAAACAAAUUCUUCAUAUUUAGGACAAUGUUUCAAGGUGCUGUUGACGCUUUCAAACUUCAAGUUCCCAUCGUUUCUGGGAUUGCAAGUGAAGUGUGGAAGAAAUCAAGUCCUGAAGUCAAGGAGGUUUUCACGAGGCUUUCACAAAUCGCUAAAACCGAGCACAGUGAAAUCAACCCAGGCUAUGUUUACAAACCACAUAGAAGACAGUUGAAAGAUACCUCUUCCGCAGAUAAUGAUGUGGACUCGGUGCAAGAAAGACCCGACGACGGAUCAACUACAUCUUCGCCUUGUCUCUCGAGUAAUCCAUCAUCACCUUGCACGCCAACUUUGCCGUUAUGGUCGGCGACAUCUUCAGAACAUGCUUUGUCUACCCGCUCAACAAAGAAUAAUGAAUCUUAUAUUUCGGCUAAUUUGUCCUUACAAUCGAUGUCUUCGAACUUUCACACCAAUCCAUACAACGAACCUUAUUCGACUUUGCAUCCACAACACCAACUUACCAUCAAUUUUUCUUAUAGUGACCCAACUUACAUUCAUCAUCACCAUCACCAUCAAAUAAAUGCGUUAAAUCUUAUCGCCCAACCGGAUUCAUAUCAAUAUUAUCAACACUCAAAUGUACCAUACGCCUUAAUAAAUUCGACAAACGACGAGACUCUGGUCGAUCAGCAAACAUACAACUCGUACAGACCUCAACUUAUUUCUUACGGAAGUGGCGAAGAGGGUGACUCGACGUCCUCCUAUCAACCAAUGACUUAUUAUCCGUCCGUAAAUCAUGAUUCCCCUCCACACUUCGCUACAAAUUUCACGGAUAUGGUUAACGAAGCAUCGUUAAUUCCCGAGGUCGAAGAGGACGACGAUAAAACUUUAUUGCAAGAAACAACACAGAUGAACUCUCCAUCCAGCAUCUGUAGCUAUGAUCGUAAUUAUUCACAAAGAAUGCUUUCUUUUAAAUACCCGCAAUAUGCCUCUUAUUUACGUAAUAGUAUUUUCCCCGAAUAUUAUCGAUUUAACGAGGAGGUUAUGAUAAAAAGGUUGAAAGAGGAUCACGAGGACUAA